AUGUCCUCCCAUAAAGGCGAGCAUCAAACGGUCCCGUUAUCGGUGUUGCUGAAGCGUGAAUUGGCAAAUGAAAAGAUCGAGAGGCCGGAAAUUGUUAGUGGUCAAGCCAACCAAUCCAAAAAAGGGGAAGAUUUUACACUCAUCAAGAGCGAAUGCCAACGCGUGUUGGGAGAUGGUGUUACUACGUAUUCCGUUUUUGGGAUACUUGAUGGCCAUAAUGGGGCUGCAGCAGCUAUAUAUACCAAGGAGAAUCUUUUAAACAAUGUCUUGAGUGCUAUUCCAGCAGACCUUAACCGAGAAGAAUGGAUUGCAGCAUUGCCUAGGGCUCUGGUGGCCGGGUUUAUAAAAACAGAUAAAGAUUUCCAAGAAAAAGGUCAACUGUCAGGAACAACUGUGACCUUUGUAAUUAUUGAAGGAUUCAUUGUUACUGUAGCAUCAGUUGGUGAUUCCCGCUGUAUACUUGAAUCUGCAGAUGGGAGCCUAUAUUAUCUAUCAGCAGAUCACAGAUUUGAGGACAAUGAAGAAGAGACAGAACGUGUCACUGCAAGUGGUGGUGAGGUUGGUAGGCUAAAUACAGGUGGUGGUACGCAGAUUGGUCCUUUGAGAUGUUGGCCUGGUGGCUUGUGUCUUUCAAGAUCUAUUGGAGAUUUAGAUGUUGGAGAGUUUAUAGUUCCUAUUCCUUACAUUAAGCAAGUCAAGCUGUCAUCUGCUGGUGGAAGGCUUAUCAUUGCAAGUGAUGGCGUAUGGGAUGCUUUAUCAGCAGAAGCGGCUCUAGAAUGCUGUCGUGGAAUGCCGCCAGAUGCAGCCGCCGGUCAAGUUGUUAAAGAAGCUGUACAACCGAAAGGAUUACGUGACGAUACAACGUGCGUGGUGGUUGACAUUCUACCAGCGGAAAAGACGAAUCCGCCCCCCAUGCCCCAACACAAGAAGAUGACAAAAGGAGUAUUUAAAGUGAAAGCCAUUUUUAAGAGAAAAAGCACCGAGUCAACAUCUCAUAUUGGUGAAGAAUAUCUGGAGCCAGAUGUAGUGGAGGAGCUCGUAGAGGAAGGAUCCGCUAUGCUUUCCGAAAGGUUCGAUACAAAAUACCCGCUUUGUAACAUGUUUAAACUGUUCACAUGUGCGGUUUGUCAAGUGGAAAUGAAACCUGGUGAGGGUAUUUCAAUACACACGGGGGGAUCAUGUAACACACGCAAUUCAAGACCAUGGGAUGGCCCUUUUCUUUGUGUAACUUGUCAAGAGAAAAGAGAAGCCAUGGAAGGAAAAAAUCAUUCUGGAAAUGGGCGAUACAGUAGUGGAAGUGAAUAGGCAGGCGAUAUUUGGACCUGAGUAU